AUGGUUUUAAUAGAGAACAAAUCAUUAAUAAACAAUAUAAAAAGCAAGGGUCCAAGAAUAGACCCUUGUGGGACACCUUUAGUUGUCAUGAAGCAGACGUCAAAUAACAACUUAAAUAACAUCGAGGAACUACUGGCCCUGAGGAAACAGGUCAACCAACUCAGGGAAGAGACAUCAGUGAACUUAAAAAAAAAUGUCUACAAGCAUUAUUCUCAGUUCAUUGAGACGGCAAAGGAAAUUUCUAUCUUGGAAGGGGAGAUGUACCAGUUGAGUCAUCUUCUCACAGACCAGAAAAAUUUAAUGACAAGUUUAAUGGAGCUGUCCAUAAGGGGAACUAAAAUCGACUCAGAGAUUGACAUGGAGAAAACGAACAAAGUGGAAGAGUUCAAGAUGAAAGUUGGCCUGUCCCAUCUGCUCGAUAGAGUCGAAGGAUGUGUGUUUAUAACAGACGUAGCUGAUAGACAACUACUGUUCGGUGGGGACCUCAUCGAGGUCGAUGUUGACUCGCUCAGUCAGAUGCAUAAGGUCCAUCUCUUCCUCUUGAAUGACUCACUCAUGAUCACAACAUGGCUUCCUGAAAGGAAAGGCCCAGUGUACUAUAAAUAUCAAACUUUGUACGAGCUCGACGGAUUGGCUGUUGUAAAUGUCAAGGAUUCAGGUAAUGUUAAAAACUCCUUCAAAGUCCUCAUGUUCCCUGACGCGCGCCUCUUCACCGCCCCAUCCCCCAAAGUUAAACAGCGCUGGUUAGACAUGCUGGACGAGGCCAAACAGAGGAAGACCCACCCAAAAGGCCUCACCUCUACUACCACUACUACUACCAUGACUGCCAGCGGCGCUCCUAGUAAUGAUAUCAAGUCGCCAUCGUCAUCAUCAUCAUCAACGUCAUCGUCAGCAAGAUACGAUAAACAACAUGAAUCGAACUCUCAGCCAAUGAAAUCGCCGGGUGACGAAUUGCUGCAGGUUGAUUGGGUCGUCGAGUUACCUGAAGACCUGGACGUUUGCAUUGCGCAGAGAGAUUUCGAGGGGGCCGUUGAUAUGAUCACUAGAAUUAACGACUACCUUGAUCCACUAACGAAGACACCUGCCAUCUCUGACUAUAAUCGAACCCGUCGUCACUCGAUCGAGACUCCUGUACAGACGACUGCGUUAACAAUCCGGCAGAUGGAUGAGUUGGAAUGCUUCGUUUCCCUCUUCAACGCUCAGGUCUUCGUCACGAAAUCCAACUUCUCAACCAUCGCUAGUUGUGUGUCUGAAGCCAGGAAGUGUUGUCGAGUGCUGGCGGAACAGGGCUUCGACAUGUUGUUCAUCCUGGACAGGAUGCUGGGCGACAACAUGAAGCUGUUGCUGCAACAAGCUGGCGACACGCAGAUGGAUGCUAUCAGGCAUCGAACUGUCGAUGACCAAUGGAAACCGGUGAACUACCACACCAGGGCCUCCCUCAUGAGGUUCGAAGAUGAUCUCGCCAGUCUCGGGUUCGAAUGCAUCAAGGAGUUUUCAUACGACGAGUGUUUCACAAUGCUGACUGUGAAUACGAUUCAGUUCACCCGCUCCUACGUUCAAUUCAGUACGGACAUCCUCGACAUGUACAUCCCUGGUUUAAAAGUCAUCAUAGACGAUGGUUUGAUUGACAUACUGAAUGCCCAGGUCACUCACCUCGUCAGCAGUUUCAGGAAUCCCAAAUUCAAAGACGCCCAACCAAUCAUAGCGAUGAACGCCAAGUUCUUCCGCCAAUCGCUGAUCGUCUGGCUCGGCAAAAAGUAUGAGGAGGUCGCCAGAGGACCACUCCUAAAAUUAGGAGAGGUCAAAGUUAAGUUGGAUCAAGUGGUGGAAGAACUGACCAAUGAAGAACUUGGCAUACUCGUCUUAAAAUGUGUGACUGGGUGA